GACUUUGGCCGUUCCUGCAUUUGUACAGAGUUUACAGUCAGCCGUGUCAUGGAGGAAGACCUAAUGCCAAGCAAGUGAACCAAACUUUUAGCUUUCACUCGUUCUUAAAAACAAGGGCUUAAUAACCAUGGAUACAAUCUUUACUCCCCUGGCUUGCUGCCUUCUGGUGCUUUUUUUGCCAGCUACACAAAUGGAAAACCAGAACUUGACUACUACAACUCCAUCACCUGGCCUAAACCUGAGCCUAGAUACUACAGUGUCAGCAACAUCAAAUUCUGAUGUACCUGUAACUGUUUUCUCUAACUCGACGGAACACAUAACACAAGAUACCAGCACAAAAGUGGAUGAUGGAAAAUCCAACACAACUGCCACCACAAAGAGCACAAGCCAGCAUCAGACAUCUCAGGCAGCUACUAGCCUGGCAACUCUAACAAACACAACCCUGAAGACAACACAGAGCACUCCAACUCCUGCAUUUACUACACUGACAACACAUGCAAUCCAUACCACAAGUUACAUAAGUACACCUGAUUGGUCAAGAACAACUGAAAAUCCACCUUACAGCUUCAGUACAAUCACAGAAUCAGUGCACAGAACCACACAUAGUGUGCAUCUUAAUGUACCUGAAAAAAGCAUGACAAUUAUCUUCAGUGCUGUGCUGGCACUUUUUGUUGUGGCACUGCUUAUUAUCAUGCUUCAUAGAUGCAAACAUAAAAUCCAGUACUUGCACCAACCUCUCAACGAUACAGAGGACACAGGUGGAUUCAUGGCAGACGAAGACACACUUGUCAUUUCUGGAGGACUCUAUGAUGGCCAUCCCAUCUACGAUAAUGUACCACCAGUUCCUGCAGACCAGUCUCAAUUUCGUCUUGAGUUCCUUCAUUAAUGACACAUCUCUUCUUUCGGUUCAAAGUGCCAUUACCAUGCAUGGAAAAAACAAAUUGUCCUUAUCCAAUUAUUGUGAUUUCAAGACUGAAAAUUCAACAUUCUGUAGAAUAAAUUCUUCACAUGAAAAUCAUGGCAGUACAAGGAAGAACAAUGCUGUUGAUUUUAAAGCAUCCUUUAUUUGUAAAAUUGUAAAUAAGAGAAUAAAUUAAUAUAGUCAGACAGAACUAUAUGUUGAACAAUAUGAACAUCUGGAAAAUAAAUUCAAUGUCAUGUGAACACCUGUAAAGAUAUGUUUUACAUAUAAAUGCAAUACAACAAACUGACAUUUCUGCAAACCUUAAAAGACAUAGAUGGUGACUGUAUUCACUUAAAAGUUCAACUCAAAAGGAAAAAACAAACUUGCUAAAAACAGCUUAAAUUUAAACUCUGAAAUUGCUGAAAAACUACAUAACUGACCCAUGCUAAUGAACGCUUUUGCAUGCAAGUUCAAAAAGUUUUCCUCUCAGUAUCAUAAAUUAUAUUAUAUCCCACCACCUCUAACAAUGUACUUUAAUCACUGAACACACCUAUAUCUUUCAAAUAUUGUUAAUAUCACAGUUUAUCUGACCUGUAACAGCAAUAAUUAUGCAAAGAUCUUCUCAUUGGUCUUUUUCUUUUUCUUGUCACAGCCAGUCACAGCAGUCCAUCCGGCAUCUCUCAUUCUUUUAAUUGCAGCCAGCUUCAAUGAAUUACCAGGUGAUUUAAGGGCUGCAGGGCUCUGAAGCUGGAAAAGGCAACAAAAA